AACAAAUGAAGAACAAGCCGUGAUGAGAUGUCCGUACCGAGUACUACGGUACUAACUUACUAGCGUACUAAACAGAUGAGCAACAAGCCGUGAUGAAAUGUCCGUACCGAAUACUACAUGACUAACGUACUAAACAAAUGAAGAACAAGCAGUCAUUAUAUGUCUGUACUGAGUACUGAGGUACUAACGUACUAAAUAAAUGAGCAACAAGCCGUGAUGAGUUGUCCAUACCGAGUACUAAGGUACUAACGUACUAACGUACCAAAAAAAUAAACAACAAUCCGUGAUGAGAUGACCGUAGCGAGUACUACGGUACUAACGUACUAGCGCUCUAAACAAAUGAGCAACAAGCCGUGAUGAGUUGUCCGUACCGAAUACCACGAUACUAACGUACUAACGUACUAACCAGAUGAGCGUACUGACCAGAUGAUACCGUACUAGCGUACUAACCAGAUGAGCAACCUUCGGUGUGGGUUCAUACCAGCAUUAAUGUACUGCAGUAAAUGGUUUGAACCCGGGGGGUUCAAACUACUGGUGCCCGUAACGAGUGUACAACAAGCCAAUGUGAAUUUCCGUUCAGAAAGCCUUUUAGACGGCAAGGCUUGCUGUCACGAACAACGCAACACACUUGUGUUACGCACGUGAUUUUAUUGUGUAAUUUAGUUAAUCAUCGCCAUCUUUCGCAACCCCGUAACCCGAUCUUUUCACGACCUUUGUAACGGGAAUGACCUUAGUAAGCUUUACGAUACACGCGUUCGUCGCCUCUACGGAGAAAUUUGGGAGUUGGAGAAAUCUUUUUGCCUUCACACAGCCAGCAGGAAUUAUAACUUUUCACCGCAUGCUUCAAUGGUAACCAAGGAAUAAAUCGGUUUAAAAUCAGGCCUGUAAUGUGUGGUUGAACUCGGCGAACUCGGGAUCAAUACUUCCCGCAAGGACUUGGUCCGGGAACGCGACAGUGAAAAGUUAUAAUCGAUACACUUUAUUGGAGUGCCGUUGUGCAACACCUCACGGCUCACCGCCCCCAAAGUUUGGAGUCUGUAGAAUUGUAGAUCUGCACAUAACAUCGACAUCUUCGACAUGGCAGAAAACGUCAAAUACUCAUCACGGGAGAGCUAUUCGUCCGAACUCAAGAAGCCCUUGUUAAACACAGGAUCCGAUUCCAUUUCGCACGUGUCUGAAAAAUGUUCUCGCCCACGCAAAUCGUCAUCUGGCCGAUUGUCCUCCUCUACCAGUUCUAGCGUUGCACGGAGAAAGGCUUUGGCAGAAGCUGCAGCAGCGAAACAAGAAGCGAAAUUUGACAGACUGUUGGCCGAAAAGGAGUUCGAGAGAGUGGGAAUGGAGGCGGAAGAAGAGAGAAAACGUCAGUUUCGAAGGGCUAAAUUCGAAUGUGACAAGGCUGUCCUUACUGCGAAGAAGAAAGCUGCGAUUGCCGAAGCGAAGUUGAAGGUUAUCGAGCAGGCUAUAGAGGAAGAAGAAAAAGAAGAGCAAGACAUUACGAUCACUAUUCCAGAUCUCUAUAAACCCGUUGACACUAUACAACAGACGCAAGCUUGAUAAAACACGCAAAGGCCUCAGGAACCAAGGGAUUACGUGACAGAAAGUUCGAAACACCAACCAGAAAAAAGGGAAAUCACCCACAUGUACAGCACACCUAAAAGCGGACAGGAGAACGCGCUUCUCUCUGGUUUUCCAAGAACGAAUCCUUCGCACCUACUCCUAUAGAGGAAUUAGCGAGCAUCAAUCAAAUAUUGGCGGCAAAUCUUGCGCGACAAAAUCUCCCAAAGUGUCACCCAGAGGUAUUCGCGGGAGACGUAACACUUUUCCACCCCUGGAGAAGCGCAUUCAAGGCCAUGAUCAAGGACGCAGACGUGUCCCCGGAAAUGGAGAUAAACU